AUGUCGUCGUCUUCGCGAGGCGACUCCGUCCCGUCCUGGCUGACGGACGUCUACAAAGAUGACACAUCGGACGAGCAGUUCCAGGCGCUCCAGGAGAAGCUGGCGGAAGCGGAUGCGCAACUGCUGGCCGUCACUGCGCGAUGCGACGAGUGGAAGCGCAAGGCGCAGGAGAAGGCGCGCGAGGCGGUGCAGCUGAGCAACAAGGUGGAGGCGCUGGAGGAGCGACUGGCGGAGCUGGAUGAGGAGGACGUGCCCGCGCUGCAGAUGGAAGUGACUCGGUUGCGAGAGGAGUUGGCUCGGUCAGAGGCCCUUCGUUUCGACCUGCACAGGCAAUUCCAGGCGCCCGACAUGUCGCCCACGUCCUCCCGCCACCCCAGUGCUGCCACCAGAGGCCCCGACGGAUUCUCUCUGGAGCGCAUGGACGAAUCAGAGGCCGACAGCUGGAUGCGGGAUCAACAAGGCAGUCAGUCAGUGAGCAGCUGUGCGGCUGAUCUGAUGCUGCGCAUCGCCACUGCACCACUCACUCCCCCCGUCCUGGCACGUGAUCGCCGUUCGUACCUGCGAUUUAUAUCCCGUCCUCCUACUUUCCGAGGUACCUUCCUUUCCUCCUCCUCCUCCUCCUCCUCCUCCUCCUCCUCCUCCUCCUCCUCCUCCUCCUCCUCCUCCUCCUCCUCCUCCUCCUCCUCCUCCUCCUCCUCCUCCUCCUCCUCCUCCUCCUCAGCAGUGGAUCUGAUGGCGAUUGCCACAGAUGAAGAGGAGGAGGGGACGCCUUCUAACAGUGUUCUCCUCCCGCACUUCCCCGUCCUCUCUCUCCACUCCCUCACCCACUGCUCCCUUAUAACACUGUUCCCUUCCCUCGUUGCCUCGCAGGGGCUCGGGCAGAUCAGCAGCGCGUGCGGUUCAGUGCGGUGGCAGGGACAGUGGGUUCGUGCAGACUCUCCCAGACAUGGUAAAAGCCUCCUCCUACGUGCUGCCUUGUCCCCCUUCCUUCCCUUCCUGCUCUUCCACCUUUCCCCCAUGGCGAUCCCUCCCCCCUUCUCUCCCCUCCCCCUGCUUUCUCCCCACCACCUCCUCCCCAUCCUCUCUUCCUGUGCCCCCUUCCCCUCCCCGCUUCCCACCAUCCUCUCCCUUUCCCAGCACCCCUUCAGCACGGGUCCUGCCAGCAGCGACAGCGGGGACAGUGACCUUGCUAGGCAUGGAACGGGUCCUGCCAGUAGCGACGGCGGGGACAGUGACCUUGCUAGGCAUGGCACGGGUCCUGCCAGUAGCGACGGCGGGGACAGUGGGUUCGUGCAGACGCUUCUAGACAUGGGCGGGCAAGGCGUCAUCCUAUGUGCUCCCUCUCUCUUUUCCUUUCUCCCUACCACAUUCUCCUUCUUUCCCCCUUCUUCUUUCUUUCCCCCUGUCUCUCUUCCCUUCCCCCAGCACCCCUUCAGCACCGGUCCCGCCAGCAGCGACGGCGGAGACAGUGGGUUCGUGCAGACUCUCCUAGACAUGGGCGAGGCCUCGUCUUACGUGCAGCGCUCGCCUGCCCCCUUCCUUUUCCUCCCUUCCCCAGCACCCCUUCAGCACGGGUCCUGCCAGCAGCAACGGCGGAGACACACCGGUCCUGCCAGCAGCGACGGCGGAGACAGUAGCACCGGUCCUGCCAGCAGCGACGGCGGAGACAGUGGGUUCGUGCAGACUCUCCUAGACAUGGGCGAGGCCUCGUCCUACGUGCAGCGCUCGCCUGCCCCAGAAGCAGCCUUUCAGCAGACGAACCAAGCCGCCCUUGGGGGGGGAGAGGAGAAUCUGGUGGAGCGAUUGCGAGAGUCGGAGAGACGGAGGAAGGAGCUAGAAGGAGAGGUGGAGAGAGUGAGGGAGGAGGUGGGGAGGCUGGGGCGGGAGUUGGGGGAGGUGAGGGGGAGGGAGGAGGAGGGGAGGAGGGAGGUGGAGGGGAGGGAGGAGGGGUGGAGGGAGGAGAGGAGGGAGGUGGUGGAGAAGAUUCAGGCAGCUGAAGGCGCUCUGAGGGAAGCUAAUGCUGCGAGGACAGAGCAGGAGGAGCGGGUGAGAGUGCUGGAGGUGAAGCUGAGAGCAGCAGAGGAGGACGGGCAUGUGCUCAAGAGUGCGAUGCAGGAGAUGAGUGCGGGCACGCACGGGGAGCAGCAGACACUCAGCGUCUUACAGGGGCAGGUCAACGCCCUGCAGACCCAGUUAGUGCGGGAGAGGGAGCGAGCAGCGGAGGAGGCGGAGGAGUUGACACAGGAGAUGGCGGAGCUGCGCUUCCAGCUCAUGGAGCAGGUGGACGCGGAGAGGGGGCUGCGCGCCGAGACAGAGGCGGCGUCUUUGCGGCGAGUGCAGGAGCUGGAGGCGAUGGCUCUAGCGGCCAACGAUGCGAAGCUCCAGGCAAUGGCUGCUAAGGCGGAUGCAGAGAGAAAGAUAGAAGCCAAGGAAUCGGCUCUUAUGCAGAGAAUCGAAGCAGCUGAUAAGAGGGAUAAGAAGGUGGGGGAGAUGGAGAGGGAGAUGGAGGAGAGGAGGAAGGAGGUGGAGGAAAAGGAAAGGGAGGCGGAGGAGGAGAGGAGGAGGGCGGCAAAGGAAAGGACUGAGAGUGAGGAGAGAGUGAGGGAAGCCGAGGGGAGAGUGAGAGAGGCGGAGGAGAGAGUGAGAGAGGCGGAAGGGAGAGUGAGGGAGGCCGAAGCGAGUGUGCGAGAAGCGGAAGGUCGUAGGGAGGAAGCAGAGAAGCAAGCUGCGAGGAUGGAAGAGCAAGUGAGGGAGUGGGAGGAGAGGGUGAAAGGACUUGAAAAGGAGAAGAAGGAAGCGGAAAGUGCUUUGGAUGAUGCAGAGGAUAGGGCAGCGGAUAUAGAAGGGCAGUUUCUGGUCAUGCAGAGCAGAGUGAGGGAUUUGGAAGGGAAGCUGAGACAGCAGAGUGUUGAGUCGGAAGCUGUUUGUAAGGAGCUUAGGGAGGAGGUGAAGAGGAGGGAAGAGGAGGUGAAGAGACGGGAAGAGGAAGGGGAGGGGGUGAGGAAGGGACGGGAUGAGGCGAGGAGGAGAGUGGGGGAGUUGGAGAGGGGUGUGGAGGAGGGGAGGAGGAAGGCGGAGGAGUGGGAGAGGAGAGUGAGGGAGAAGGAGGGGAGGAUUCAGGAGUUGGAGUCGGAGGUUAUGAGGGGUAGGAGGCGGUUGGAAGAGAUGGAGAUGGAAACUAAGGGAGCGAGGGAGGUGGGAGAGAGCGUGAAGAGGAGGUGGGAGGAGAGGGAGGUGGAGGUUCAGAGGAAGGAGAGAGAGAGGGAGGAGGAGGCGAGGAGAGUGAGGGAGUUGGAAGAGAGAGUGAGAGAGAGGGGGGAGAGAGUGAGGGAGUUGGAGGAGAGAGUGAGGGAAUUGGAGGAGAGAGUGAGGGAGGGAGAAGAGAGAGUGCGGGAUGUGGAAGGGAAGUUGAGAGUGGAGGAAGAGAGAGUGAGGGAGAUUCAGAAAGAAGGGGGUGCGUGGAAGGAGAGAGAGAGGGAGAUGGAGGUCAAGAUAAGAGAAGCAGAGGAGAAGGCAGGAGCAGCAGAAGCAAAGGCGGUCAAAGCAGAAGAGAAGGUAGGGGAGAGUAAAAAGGCAAUGGAAGAAAUGGAAAAGGAGGUGAAGAGGGUGCGAGAUCUAGAGGACGAAGCAAGGAAGUGGGUAGAGGAGGUAGAGGGAGAGUGCAAGAGACGCACAGAGGAAGUGGAAGAAGAGAUGAAGAGGAGAGUGGAAGAGCUGGAGAUGAAGCUGAAGGAGAGUGGGAGUGUGGCAGGGAGUGCGGAGGAGAAGAGCAAGAGGGUUGCUGAGCUAGAAAAGGAGAUUGAAGAGGCGGAGAAACUGGUUAAGGAUUUGGAAGAGGCUGUAGAUGAAGGGAAGUUGAAGGUAAAGGCGUUGGAGGGGCAAGUGGAGGAGAGAGAGAGAGUGAUCAAGGAGUUGGAGAGAGGGGUGGAGGAUGGGAUGAGGAAGAUCGUUCGGCAGGUGGAGGAAAGGGAGAGGAUGAUGGAAGAAAUUAAGAAGAAAUUGGAGGAGAGGGAUAGGGUGAUUGGGGAUUUGGAGCGGGCGGUUGGGGAGAAAGAGAGGGAGCUUGAUUUGCAGAGGAACCAGAAGCUUCCGGAGUUGGUUGCUGAGUGGAAGGAGAGAGUGAGGGAGGCAGAGGAGAGGGUUGAGGGGGAGAAGAGCCGAGCCAAAGCUGCCGAAGCUGAGGCGAAGGCUCGGUGGGAGGAGGAACGGCGGUCGUGGAAGAGGAGGGUGGAGGAGGCGGAGACGCACUUGCUGGAGGCUCGGGAGGAGGUGAGGGUUGCGCAGCAGGAGGUUCGGGAGAAGGUUGGGGAGCUGGAGGAAGUUGCCAGGAAGCUGGCAGAGGAGGUUCGGCAAAAAGUGGAGAGGGAAAAGAAGGUCAUUGUAUUGGAAGGGAGGGUUGAUGAAAAAGAUAAAAAAAUGGAGGAGUUGGAAAGAGAGACGGAGGAGAGGAGGAAGGAAAUGGAGGGGAAGUAUUUAAGCAAGGUUGACGAGUUACGAGCACUGGAGGAGAAACGGAAGGAGGUAGAGGGGGGGCUUAAAACGAGGAUAGGAAGUUUGGAGGAGGAGGUUGGGAAGAUGAGGAGGAGAGUGGAGGAGGAGGAGGGGAGGGUGGCGGAAUCGGAGGAGAGGAGAAGGGGGCUUGAGAUGAGAGAGGAGGAGUUGGGGGAGAGAGUGAGGGAGCUGGAAGGGGAGGUUGAGGAGGUGAGGAGAGGGAGGGAUGCUACGCAGAAGCAGCUUCAGGAGAUGGAGGAGAGGGAGAAGGCGAGUGAGAAGAGGGUGUGUGGGCUGAUUGAGAAACUAGAGGCGAAAGAAGGGGUGCUGGUGGGUUUGAGGGAGUCUGUGGAGGAGAAGAGGAGGGAGAUUGAGGAGAGGAGGAGGGAAGUGGAGGGAGUGAGGGAGGAGGUGAGGAGAGUGAGGGUGGAGCGGGAGGAGGAGGAGAAGGGGAGGGUGAAGGCGGAGGGGGAGCGAGAGGAAGUGAGGAGGAAGCUUCAGGGAGUGGAGAGGGAGCUUGAAGCAAGCAGGGCCAAGAUGCGUGAAUUGGCAGCAGAGCGUGAUCGUCUGGAGAGGGAGGGGGAGGACGUGCGGCGCAGCCUGCAUGAUGCUGUGGCUGCCAGUGCGAAGCUGGCUGCUGCACUGGAUAAGACGGAGGGGAAACUAGUGGCACUGGAAGAGAAGAGCGCAGAGGAGAAGAAGCAGAUGGAGGCAUCACACAAGGAGCAGGUGGAGAAGCUUCAACAGCAACUGCAGACCACCCAGCAGUCGCUGGAGAGUGCUACUAGGCGCCACCAGGAAGCAGCAGGGGAGUUGAGAGGAGCGUUGAAGGAGCUGGACCGGCUAGAAGGGCUGCUGGGGAGCACGCAGGGGCAGCUGGAGGAGAGUCAGGGGCAGCUGCGGAAGGCUGAGGGGCAGUUGGAAGAGGUCAACGGGCAGCUCGGGCAGACGAAGGGGCAAUUGGAAGAGACGCGGGAACGGCUGGCGGAGACUGAGGGGAGACUGGGGGAGAGGGAGGAGGAGUUGAGGAGGAGUGGAGAGCGGUUGGAGGAGGUUGAAGGGCAGCUGGCAAGCACAGGGGAAGAGCUGAAGUCCACCAAUGAGAGCUUGACAGCUGUCAGGGGGGAGAAGCAGCAGCUGGAGGGCCGGCUGGCAGAGACAGAGCGACAGAGGGAAGAACUUGCCGGAAAGCUUCGCGCGGUGGAGGCUGACCUGGCGGAGCGGCGCGCUGAGCUGGCGCUAGCGAAUCAGGAGCUGUCGGUACGCGCGGGGCAGAUUGCUGAGCUGUCGUCACAGCUUAACCUGGCUACUGUUGCUCUGAAGGAAGCAAGGGACCGCAUUCGCAUGCUGGAGGUGGUGCUGACGGUGAAGGAGGAGGAGCUGAAGAAGCUGGAGGAGCAGAGCAGCGAGGCGAGCGAGCAGGCCAAGCGGAUGAUCGCUGGCAGGGACAACCAGAUCUCUCAGCUCGUAUCAUCCCUACAAGCAGGGAAUGCCAAUUUGGAGGAGGCUAUGAGGAGGCUUGAAGGGCUGGAGGGAGAGAAGCAGCUGCUAGAAGUGGCACUGCUUGAGGCACAGGGGCAGGCGGAGACGAUGGAGAGAGAGAGGGACGACGCGCGUGCUGAUGCGGCCAAGAGACGGGCUGGAUGGGCCAUGCCCACCCCGGGCUCUAACAACCUCAAGCCGUCGGCCAUCAAGGCGAGGCAGAAGCAUUCGAUGAAGGGGUGGUGUGGAUGGGUGCUUCAGACUCUGUUCCUUCCCACCCCCAGUGCUAAUAACAUCAAGCCGUCCGCUACCACGGCAGGGCAGAAGCAGUGA